AAUUACCAUAUCCCAUAUAGAGAAACACUAAAACUCCAAACAAAACCCUUCCUUAAAAUCAAAAUCAAAGAAAUGGGUAGCACAAAAGAGAUGGAAGUAGUGAGAAAUCUUGAUGUGGAGAGGUACAUGGGGAGGUGGUACGAGAUAGCCUCAUUCCCAUCAAGAUUUCAGCCCAAAGAUGGGGUGGACACCAGGGCUACCUACACUCUAAACCCUGAUGGCACAGUUCAUGUGUUGAAUGAGACUUGGAGUGGUGGGAAGAGAGGUUACAUCGAGGGAACUGCAUACAAGGCUGACCCUAAAAGCGAUGAGGCUAAGCUCAAGGUCAGGUUUUAUGUUCCCCCUUUCUUGCCCAUAUUCCCUGUCACUGGGGACUACUGGGUUUUGCACAUUGACCCUGAUUACCAGUAUGCUUUGAUUGGCCAGCCAAGCAGGAGUUAUCUCUGGAUAUUGUGUAGGCAGCCUCGGCUUGAUGAUGAGACCUACAACGAGCUGGUUGAGAAGGCGAAAGAGGUGGGGUACGAUGUAAGCAAGCUUCACAAGACACCGCAUUCUGAGACUCCACCGGAGGGGGAAGUCGCGAGCGACAAAGGGAUUUGGUGGAUCAAGUCCAUCUUUGGAAAGUAGGACAUACUACACUACUAGCUGCAGCAACCAAGUCUUAUAUUGAAAAAAUAAGGAGCUUUAUGUUGUAGGAUGUAAAUGUGAACUGAGAAGAAGGAUGGAUGAGGGCAGUGUUUUUUUUUGGCAUAUAUAUGUUUUUUAUGGAUUGAUUGUGUAAUCUUGAAAAGAUUGUAUGUAUGUAGUAUGUGUAUGUUGUUUUGUAUGAAGUUUCUUGAAUUUGUCUCC